AAACGACAGCUUGUUCAUUCUAUUCCAGUUGUUCGCCCUGGUGAUACGUUAUACUUUUAGCCAUAUGUAAAUACGUUUUCCCAAUGUUAUAAAUAUUAAGUUGUUUUUCAUUUUAAUCGAGCAAAUUACUCCGGCAUUUCCCCCUGACCGCUCUCGGAAGUCUGUAGACAACACUAAACUUAGCCAGGAUUUCCGGCUCCUUUGCGAUUGCCCCUCUGCUGUUUUGUUUCCGUUUCUUCCAUUUCCGUUUUAAAGUUUUCCAGAUUCUAAGUUUCAGAGUAUAUUUAAAUCGACAUUUAAAUCAGUUAUUCAUUGAACUGUGUUUCUUACAGUCAGUAUAAAUUGUGUAUUUCAUGAGACCGACCCCCGUUUUGCGCGUGUCUCGCCCCUCACAUAUCAUCGCUGAAAAAUAUGCUGGAUAGCUAGCAUUGUAUUGCUACAGUAUUGUACAGCUAUGCUACACGUAUAAUUAACAUUAUUACCGAUAUAUCUUAUAAGUGUUUGCUUUCAGAGGAGUUCAAAUGUAUAAAGUUUAUGUAAUGAUUUAUCAACUAAUGGCCUACAGUAAGGCCUAUGCUUUGGAGAGGCCUCGCCCUCGCGUUAGUACUUUAGCACGCACAUAACUCUCUGCCGCCCAAUGAGAAACCGAGGCUCCCUCAACUGGAAUAGGUUGAUUCUUGGGGUACAGCAAUGUCUAAAAGUGAGACAGAGGAGAUGAUAGAGAUUGAGAUCGACGGACAGGAGAAACAGGAGUGCCUGGAGGAGGGGGUUGAGGAGCAGACCAUUACAUCAGCCGAUCUGAUCCAACAGGACAUCGACAUCAAUGAGCCAAUCGGUAACCUGAAGAAGCUCCUGGAGCCCCGUAUCCAGAUGUCAUUGGAUGGAUAUGAAAUAUGUCUACAGGACAUCCAGCUGCAUCCAGACCACAGCCUCUUUGAUCAAGGAGUGAAGACAGACGGCACAGUGCAACUCAGUCUACAGAUCAUCACAAAGCCAGGCGAGGAGAAGCUGAACAUCCUGGAGAUCGUGAAGCCGGUGGAGACUGUGGAGGUGGUGAUCGACCCGGAUGCGGCAGGGGAGGAGGGCACCCUGAUGGAGGAGGGCCAGCUGAUUGCUGUGGAGCACUCCUCCCUGUCAGAUGACACCUCGGAGCAGGUGACACGCUGGGCCGCCGCCCUGGAGGGCUACCGCAAGGAACAGGUCCGCCUGGGGAUACCCUACGACCCAGAACAGUGGACGGCGGACCAGGUGAUCCACUGGGCCGUGUGGGUGAUGAAGGAGUUCAGCAUUGACGAGAUGGAGGUGGGAGGGAUUCACAUCCCAGGUCAUGACCUCUGUUCCUUCACCCAGGAAGAGUUCCUGCAGAGGGUCCCCAGUGGAGAGAUCCUUUGGAGCCACUUAGAGCUGCUCCGCAAGUAUGUGUUAGCCAGUCAGGACCAGGAGGCCACAGUCACCAUUGACCAACAAGUCCAGAUCAUCCCAGCUGCUGUGCAGACCACACCCACCACUAUCAAGGUACUGAAGCAGAACCGCGGCCCCAGAACACCCCGCAUCUCAGGAGGAGAGGAGCGCAGCUCACCUGGAAACCGUACAGGUAACAACGGUCAGAUCCAGCUGUGGCAGUUCCUGUUGGAGCUGUUGACGGAUAAGGAUGCUAGAGACUGUAUCUCCUGGGUGGGAGAGGAGGGAGAGUUCAAACUCAACCAGCCUGAACUGGUGGCACAGAAAUGGGGCCAACGCAAGAACAAGCCCACCAUGAACUAUGAGAAACUCAGCCGAGCGCUCAGGUAUUACUACGACGGGGACAUGAUCAGCAAGGUGCAGGGCAAGCGCUUCGUCUACAAGUUUGUGUGCGACCUGAGGACUUUGAUUGGCUACAGCGCUGCUGAGCUCAACAACCUGGUGACUGAGUGUGAGCAGAAGAAGCUGGCCCGCAUUCAGCUGCACGGGAUUGGCCAGCCCAUCACCACGGUGACACUGGCCACCUCAGCACAGGACAGCUGAGGGGGAGGGGCAUGGGGCUCCAUGACUGCCCCAGGUAGAAGUUGCCCACUGGCACAAAUCUAGGAUCAGAUUACUGUGACCAGCCCUAAGCGUUAUAUUAAUAGGUGGAAAUGAUGAACAGACUUUAGAUCCAUGUCUAUGGGCAACUUCGUCCUUUUCCUUUUGGUUGGAGAGGUUGUUUUCGUAUUUUAACCAGGGAAGAGAUGCUUGUUGGAGGGAGUGUGUGUGUAUAUGAGUGUCUGAGAGGUGGAGUGUGUUUGCGUAUGCUGGAAAAUCAAAUGAGCUUUGCAUUUUUUGUUCCUUUAUCUGUAGCUUAGUAUAGUUUCCAUUGUAUAUACCGGUACUCCAUGUUUUUGAUAGCCACAAGGGCAGUGUAUUUUCAUAUUUUCCAUUUAUAAAAGGACCAGUUUUGUAUUUUAUUUGAAGCUUUUUUCCUCCUAAUGAGUUGGACCUUUAUCGUCCACCAGGGGAAAUAAAGUGGCAGAUGUUUUCCUAA